AUGAGUGCACCUUUGCAGCCGUUUGAUGAUAAACAAGGGCCUGGAGACGUGGUGCUUGUACCGCCCGUAACAGCUACUAGCAAUCACCUUUUUAAUUCGCCGCAACAAGGUGACGCCUCGUUUGUGGAUACUAGCCAGCAGGGGUUGGCGAGUUUCCACUCGCAGAAUUUCAUGGACCAAACCGGCAGUUACAGUCCUGUGGCUGAGCCGCAGUCUUUCUACAACACUGGGUCACAGUCCAAAAUGGCUCCUAGCCAAUCUUUUGCUGGCAUGAGCAGCUACGCUUCUGAUUUCCAGCCACAUCAUAGCUCCAACUCACUCUAUGAGCGCGACAAUGCGAGCAUCAGCUCAAACCAGCCUUUGCAAGAUCCCUACCCGUGGAUGACGAUGUCAGACGUCAAGGAGCCCGACGACGACUUGCAUGAUCCGACACAGCGCGACAGGGUGCGCGGAUCUGCACAGCGCGCGAUUCUGAAUAUCAGCACCUUGGUUCUUUUCGUACUUGCUCUUUUGAUGCUCUUCGCGGGAUACCCUAUUUUGCACCACUACACAGAGUCCAAGGAUCAAGAUCAACGCCAGGCUGACAUUGCUAGGGAAAUGUCAGUAAAGCCCCCAAUUUUUGCGGAUCCCAAGUCAUUCCCGCUGAACCGGGUUAACAAUACGAUUCCUGGGGUAAAGGACCCGAGAAUCAAGUCUUUGAUUGACCCUGACACACCGAAAGAUGCGUACACAAUGUCCCAAUUUUACUCCAAGGGCAAUGGCAAGAAAUAUCAGCUCGUUUUUUCCGACGAAUUCAACGUCGACGGCCGAUCCUUUUAUGCAGGUGAAGAUCCGUUCUGGGAGGCAGUCGAUCUUCACUACUGGGCGACGAACAACUUUGAGUGGUACGAUCCUGCGGCGAUUACCACACAGAAUGGAUCGCUGCGGAUCAAGCUGGAAGAGCACCCUGAGCACGGUGUCAACUUCCGAGGCGGCAUGCUCCAGUCCUGGAACAAAUUUUGUUUCAGGGGUGGUAUUAUCACCGGCCGUAUCCAGCUUCCAGGUUUCCGCAAUGUGCAAGGUUUGUGGCCUGCGUUCUGGCUCAUGGGUAACUUGGGCCGUGCUGGAUAUGGUGCUACCUUGGAAGGGACAUGGCCUUAUUCCUACGAAGCCUGCGACGUGGGCACUGUGCAAAACCAAACGAUGUACAACAGGACGUACCCACAAGGCUACCCCCCUUACAACAACGUGGGUGGUGCCUAUGUGUUUAAUAAAAAGCAUAACACCACCUCAUUGUCCUUUUUGCCGGGCCAGAAACUCUCUGCGUGCACUUGCCCCGAUGACGACCACCCUGGUCCCAAGGUGAACAAUGAAUGGAAAGGACGUUCCGCGCCGGAAAUCGAUGUGUUUGAGGCGCAAACGUCUGAAGACCAUGUUGGUGUUUCGCAAUCGUGCCAGAUGGCUCCGUACAAUUGGCUAUAUGAUAUCACCAUGAACCACAACAAUGGACAGCCGGGUGAUGCAGCCUACAAUGAUACACUGUACAAAAUGUUCCGGAACCAGGGCCAACUCAGCGAGCUGAAUUCAUACCAGGGCGAGAUUACCCAACAAUCUCUUAGUGGUGUGGCCUGGGCAAGCCAACAAGCCGUGCAAUAUGCAGCGAAGGAAAACUGGGGAUCCAGCUAUUUGGACCCUCAACUCACAGAAGGUGGGGAGCUUGCUGAAAACUUUGCCGUCUACUCGCUGGAAUACGCACCCGGCACAGCUGGACACGCCGCGUGGAAGAGCAAUGACCAGCCGACAUGGGAGCUUUAUCCCAAAGCACUCCAGCCUGAUCUUCGGUCGAAGAUCAGCGCACGCCCUUUCCCAAGCGAACCAAUGUACAUUUUGUUGAACCUUGGUAUUUCGGAAAAUUUUGGUAACAUCCAGUGGGAUAAAAUCAUAACUGGAUUCCCUUUUGAAAUGGCGAUCGACUAUGUGCGUGUGUACCAAGACCCGGAUGCAAUUGAUAUUGGUUGCGAUACACCCGAGUAUCCCUCUAAGGACUAUAUCGAGAAGCACAAGGAGGCUUACACCAACUCUGAUUUCACCGUUUGGGGCGGGUCUCGAGACGAAGGGGGGUAUGGCGCAGACUGGCCCAGGAACAGGCUCUACAGCAGUGGGUGCAAGGGUCUCAAAGGCAAGGACCCAGGUGACCCUAAUCCAAAAGUGUCGGAACAUAAGGCGACUUUGUACAGCAGUACAGAGUUGGUCACCGCUACUGUGAUCAGCAACCCUCUUACUAUACCCAAGAAAUACAUGUCUCUCUUCCUAACAAUGUCUUUGAAAUUCAUGCAGACAAAGAAUCAUGACUCGGAGCGCGAAUUUCGAAGCCACCAGCGCCCCGAAGCAUUAACCGGCACUUUAUUUCCUCUGUCUAUGAAUACGGUCUCCAAGCUUGCCAACACGCAAGCCAUUACUGUCUCAUCGGAACGCCUCGUGCCGCAGGUAUUGCCCGAUGGGCCGCUGCACAACCCAGCGUUAACCACACACGGCAUGCCGACGCUCGCGAAAGGUACGCCGACUUCUACCGCUCCUUCUGAGCUCGCACCCGGCACGUUUCCCAGCUUUGAUCAGAAUUUGCAUUUGGACUCGAUCGCUUCGGCCGCGACGGAGGCAGCAGCUACCCAGUUUCAGGAUGUACCCUUGUUUUCGAGCCCUGCGUCCAGUGCACCCACAUCUCUCAAUUCGUCGUUUUCGUAUGGCUCCAGCACUCAAUCCAUUCCCUAUUUAUCCAUGAUGAGCCAAGCGCCCACGAACUCUUCGCCUUUUGACCGACCGAACGGGACAGAGCAGUGCAGCGACGCAACGCCUGCACUUGCCUUGCAGGCCAAACUGCAAUCAUUCCCUACGAGCCUCACCACAGGUGUAGAAGCGCCACUGACUUUUUCAAGCGACGCGGCGUGUCUUGUCCCGGAAGGCACGCCCAACGAGGGUGUAGAGUUCGAACCACAUCUCACAAGCGCACCGGGCUCUCCAUCUACCUUGAAAGACGAAGCAUCACAGCAAAAGGCGAUAGAAGAUGCGUUUGAGGGCGGCCGCUCUUUUUCGCGCAAGCAUGAUUUGCAGCGCCACGUAGCGAGCGUCCACGAGCACGAGCCCGAACCUGGUAUUAACGAAAACACGGGCGAGGUUGAGGAAGGAACACAAGCUGGCGGCCUUGCAAGCCUGGGCCUUGGGACGCCUGGCAAAAAAUUUCACUGCAGCCAAUGCACCCGCGCUUUUGUGCGACGCGAUGCGCUCCAUCGUCAUCAAUGCGUCAAGACCGAGCACGCCAAAGAGCUACUCAAUGACGAAAAAAGUAAGCUUGUGGAUGCACCGACAAAAGCAGCGGCUCCUUAUGUCGUGCGUGGAUUUCCUGACCAAGUGAUCCAACAAGUUGCACUGAAACUCAUGGCCGAGACCGAAGUGAAUGCUCAGUGUGGAUCCAUGCUUCAGGAGAACCAUACGCAAGACGGGCAGGGGAACCCGAGCAGGGAUAUGCCUCUUUCUUUAGGUGCCCACUGCAUAUAG